AUGUGGUAUCUCGAUACCGGCGCUAGUAAUCACAUGUGCGGGCACAAACACCUCUUUGUGGAGAUGCAAAAGAUAGAGGAUGGGCAUGUGUUAUUUGGAGACGCGUCGAAGGUUCGCGUCAAGGGCCGAGGUAAAAUCUGUUUUCUUCAAAAAGAUGGUAAAGAAGGGUCAAUUGAGAAUGUCUAUUAUGUGCCCGACUUGAAGAGUAACAUCCUUAGCAUGGGACAACUAUUGGAGAAGGGAUAUUCGGUUUUCAUGAAAGACCGGAUGUUGCACUUGAAGGACAAAAAAGGUCGGUUGCUUGCACAUGUGGAGAUGGCCAAGAAUCGAAUGUUCAAACUCAACUUGAGAAACGUGCAAGAAAGGUGUUUGCAAAUCAACAUGGAGGAUGUGGAGAAAGAGAAGGAGAUCAGCGAAAAGCAUCGGGCGGAGAUUAAGUUGAUUAGGGUUGAAAUCAAAGAAAAAGUUAUAAGGAUCGAAUCGUUGGAAGAAGAGGGUCGUAGAGCUUUGGCGGUUAGAGAGAGAUUGGAAGGUGGUAUUAGGGUCUCAAAGGAUGAGGUUUGCAUGUUGAAGGGCAAAGAAGAAGGGUUGAGUGUCGAGAUUAUUGAGUUAGAGGAGAAGAAAAAGUUUGAGUUGAAGAUUCGAGUUGUUACCUUAGAGUUGGAAGAAUCGAAGAAGAAGAUAGAAGAGAUUUCACGAGAGAAGAAUAAGUCUUUAAAGGAGAAAGCUGAGCAAGAGAUGGAGAUUCUUGAAUUGAAGAGUGAACAGAACACCCGAUUGCUUAGUAAGAACGAUGCAAUCAAGAAAGAGGUUGGUGUGUUGGAGGAGGAGGCUGAAGCAAAGAUUGGGGAGCUUAAGAUGAAGUUGGAUGGUUUGAGUUCAAAGAUCAGAGAGAUUUCAAUGGAGAAGGAUAAGUUUGAAAAUGUAAAAACGAAGCAAGAUGUGGGUAUUGUUAGAUUGAAGAAAGAAGCAGAAAAUCUCAGCUUACAUAUUUCAGAUCUUGAGAAGAAGAGCAUUCAGCUUCAAGAGAAGAGAGAUACAUUUGAGAGGGAAUUAGGUGUUCGAAGAGAGGAAUGGAAAAGUUUUUUAAAAGAAUCCGGUGCACCAUGA